AUGAAUGGCGAAAAUACCGAGGCACCUCUCCUCAGAACAUCCAGCAGAGAGGACGGGAAUGAGAACAACGAUGGCGAUGCACAAGGACGAGGACAGCCCUGCCAUCGCUACUCCGGGGGCGGAGGAACUCCCCUCGCCCCUCAGCCAAGUCUCGCGAGAUUCCGCCCUGCAACUGGGCAGUUCUCGCGAGGUUUCCGACUCGCUGCGGGCGGCGGCUCCAUGCGGUCGGAGCGGGAGCCUGGGCUGGGACCGGCGAGGGGCGGCGGCUGCGGCCGCGAGAAGCGACCCAUGGAGGUUCCCCUGGGGCGGGAGUCUCCGCGCCGGGAGCCGGACACCGCGCCCAACCCGCCGCCGUCCCCGGCCCCACCGCUUCCCUCGGCGCCGGUUAAACUGCGAGAUGAGAAAAAAACGGCGCUGAGCAAAGUGGUUAUUCGACGGCUCCCUCCUUGUCUAACCAAGGAGCAGCUGGAGGAGCAGCUACACCCUCUCCCUGCUCAUGAUUAUUUUGAGUUUUGCACUGCUGAUCCCAGCCUUUAUCCUCAUCUCUACUCAAGAGCAUACAUUAACUUUAGAAAUCCUGAGGACAUCCUUCUUUUUAGAGAUCGCUUUGAUGGCUAUGUCUUCAUUGAUAAUAAAGGUUUGGAGUACCCUGCAGUGGUUGAAUUUGCUCCAUUUCAGAAGAUUUCAAAAAAGAAGUUGAAAAAGAAAGAUGCCAAGGCUGGGAGCAUUGAAGAUGACCCGGAAUAUAGGAAAUUUUUAGAAAGUUACUGUGCUGAUGAAGAGAAAAUCUGUGCCAAUCCUGAGACUCUUUUGGGAGAGAUUGAGGCCAAAACAAGGGAACUCAUUGCUAGAAGAACAACACCCCUUUUGGAAUAUAUUAAAAAUAGAAAAUUAGAAAAGCAGAGAAUUCGAGAGGAGAAAAGGGAGGAACGAAGGCGGAGGGAAUUGGAGAAGAAGCGUCUGAGAGAAGAAGAGAAAAGGAAACGCAGAGAAGAGGAAAGACGUAAAAGGAAAGAAGCAGAGAAACAUAAGAAAAUUUCUGACAAAGAGAUAAGGAUCAAGCUUCUUAAGAAGCCUGAAAAAGGAGAUGAGCCAGCCAGUGAGAGGCACAAAGAAAAAGAUGAAGAAGCUGACACUGAAGAAAACAAGUGGGAUAAGUCUCCUGGACCUGGGAGUAUAAGAUCCAAGUCAUUGGAAGGUUCAUUAAAAGAGCUUAAGGAGAAGUCACAAAAUGAUAGUGACAAAGAGCAAAGAGAUUUGGAGAGAAGAUUUCGAGAAAAAGAACCUGAAAGGCAAAGGUAUCGACUGGAUGAUGGCAGAAAGCAUAGAACUCACUAUGAGUUUGACAAGUUUGUGAGAAGGACUGAAGAAGAGCUGAAAUGGGGGAAAGGAUACAACCAAGACAGAGGAAAGAAAGGGAACCACAACUACAGCUUCACUGUGGAGGCAGUAGACAAACUGGGUAAAGAGGACAAGUGUGAUGACAUGGCAUCCAAAAAGGAGCGCAUAAGAAAUAAGGAUCGCCCAGCCAUGCAGCUGUACCAGCCAGGGGCUCGCAUCCGAACGCAUACGGGAUCCACGAGUAAAGCCUACGACUGCAGUGGGAAGUCUUCUGAAGAAGCUCUUGACAAAAAAUACGAGGUGGAUAACUCAGUGGGAGGUGGCUCUGAGAAGAGUGAGGAAGCAGAAUAAAACAAACUGGAGGAAAGACUGGUGGAAAGGGAUGAACUUCAGAUUCAACAUCGCCACAUAGAGCUGUUUCAGAAGCCCAGCAUCAACAAAAUUGUCAUAGCUUUCUCUUACUUCCUCUGAAAUAAAGGAAAGAGUGACUGGAGAUGUAUAAAGUAUCUUACAACAAAGGGAUAUGAUUGCUUUUUUACAUAAAGCAGAGCGAACACCAUUUGCCCAAUGUAAAAGCAGUCUGAUGUUUUAUUAGAUUCACCUUGAGAUAUCAAAUCUCUGAUAGUUUUAAAGGAAUAUUUAUAGAAAACCUCAGAAGCGAUCUCACCUUUCCAAGUCUAAAGAAACAAAAUGUGGAUUUGUGUCAUUGUGAGGCCUGAAGCACUUCCAGUGUGUCGGGUGCCUGGCAGUCCCAGGGCCCCCUCCUGCACAUGGUGGUGCUGCCCAGCGCUGUGCAGCCCGGGGAGCUCCACAGCCAGCAGUGUGUGCAGGGCACAGGAAUGGCAGUGGGUGUCUGUAUGUACCUCGUUGUGUUCACAUUGUUUUUCAAUUAACUACAGCGUCUAACAAGUGUUAGUAAAGCUACAAGUGUGUUGUUAGAGUGUUUGUCAUUUUUGGAGCCACUUCUGCCUUUAAUGUUUUAAUGGAUUCUUGUACUUGAAGCAGAAAAAAGCUAACACAAACCUCAGCACUUAAACAGUGCGUCUGGUUUUCUUAAAUUAGCUGGGUUUUUUUUAUGGUUUUGACACUGACUUUUCAAAAAGUGAUUGUACAGUGAUGACCUUUUAUAUGCUGAUGUUUGAUGUGAGUUGCGGUUGCAGGAU